AUGGUCGAGCAGAAUGAAACCGAAAGACCGAUUGAAUACUGGAUAAGUCGUUCUACGGAUCCGUUCAUAGACGCAGAAACUCGAAAGCAGUACGUGCAAAAGCUCUGUGAUCGAGUUAAUUACGAGGCCGAUGGCGCUAUGGUGGCUACUGGCAUUUUGGGACACAAAAUAGUCAGCCCUGACCAGGAUGAAGCUCUGUACUCAUUGCAGGCAGUCGACCAGCUGGUCAGGAAGUGUGGCGAAAAAGUUCACAACCGCGUUGGAAAAUUUCGAUUUCUGAAUCAAAUUGUGAAGUUGAUCACACCGAAGUAUUUAGGAGCACAGACGUCGCCUGAGGUAUACGAUUCUCUGAGAGAGCAUAACUUAAUAACAGCCGAUCCAGUCAUACCCGAAGAUGAGAUUAUGGUGGUUCAAUUGACUACACCUAAACUAGCGGUUUUCGAAGACGAAGAGAAGGCACGAUUACUGAAGGAACUGCUAAACAGUACCAAUCCAGAAGAUCUACAAGCAGCAAAUCGUCUUAUACAAACUCUAGUAAAAAGUGAAGAUCAGAAAAUCGAACGACGGCAUAAAAGGGCAGACGAACUUGACCAUGCACGACAACUGUGCAAACGCCUCGAAGAAGCCAUGAUGGAAAAGACAGCUGAAUGUCUUGGAAUCACGCCGGACAUUAUCUAUACUGAAGCGAAAAUGAAGACGUUGGCAGACGAGUUAAUGACCGUACGACCACAUCUGUUUCGAUUCGCCAGCGAUGCAACGGAAAACGACGAAGAGGCUUUGGCUGAAAUACUGGCGGUCAAUGAUCAGACACUAUCGUGGGAGCUUCCCACUAAAGAAGCUGUGGAAGUGACGGAAGAGUCGGAAUCAGGUCCUCUCUGGGAAACGGUAAAUAAUACGAAUGAUGUACGUUCUAAAAUGGAGAUGCCAUUAUCCUACAAACAGGAUAUGUGGUAG